CUCCGCGCAGAGAGCAGAGAGCUGAACCAGACACCGUCGCUGCACCACAGCCUCUCAGCAUGUCUGACACACAGCGAGGCGCAGUGUAUCUGAUCACCGGAGGUUGCGGCUUCCUCGGGAGGCACAUGCUGAGGGUUUUACUGGAGAACGAGGACAAAGUGGAGGAGGUCCGGGUGUUUGACAAACACGUAGACACGAGUUUAACUGGACUGAGCAAAGAGGCGACAAAGGUGGUGGUCAUUCAGGGGGAUAUCACAGACUACAGCAGCGUGUUGGAGGCCUCCCGUGGGGCUGAUGUCAUCAUCCACACGGCCAGCUUGGUGGACGUUUGGCACAGGAUCCCAGAAACCGUUAUCUACUCAGUCAACGUCACGGGAACGAAAAAUGUGAUCAAUGCCUGUGUGGAGUGCGGUAUCCAGUGCCUGGUAUACACCAGCAGCAUGGAAGUGAUUGGUCCCAAUGUCAAUGGAGACGCCUUUCUGAGGGGCAACGAAGACACACCUUACGACGUGAAACACACUAUGGCCUACCCCAAGAGCAAGGCAAAGGCAGAGAAAAUUGUCCUUGAAGCCAAUGGCACAGAGUUGAAAGGUGGAAAGUGUUUGUACACAUGCUCUCUAAGGCCGACAGGGAUUUACGGUGAGGGGCACGAGCUGAUUAAGGACUUCUACAAACAGGGUGUUGAAAGGGGAGGCAUAAUUAUCGGGGGCGUCCCAGAUAACACUGAACAUGGGCGAGUCUAUGCAGGCAAUGUGGCCUGGAUGCAUGUGCUUGCAGCACGAGCUCUGAGGGAGCGCCCGCAGACGGUCGGAGGGGAGGCUUUCUUCUGCUAUGAUGACUCACCCUACAAGAGCUACGAGGAUUUCAACAUGCAGUUCCUGUCCACAUUUAACUUUCGAAGGGUCCGCAUGCCCUUACUGGUGCUCUGGUUCCUGGCCAUGGCGAAUGACCUGCUCCGCUGGAUAGUGAGCCCCAUAUAUAACUACACGCCGUUGCUAAACCGUUACACCUUGGCCGUGGCUUGUACCUCCUUCACGGUGGGUACAGACAAAGCCCAACGUUACUUCCAGUACCGCCCCUUGUAUGACUGGGAUCAAUGUCGAGCCCGCACGCAGAAAUGGGUUGACACAUUCCCAGUGGAAAAGCCCAAAGACACCUAAUGUGACCUCAAGUAUGGUAAUACACAUCAGAAGCUGCUAUGAAGACUCAGAAGACACAAGCUUUAUAUGAAAAAAAGGAGUAACAUGUUAUUAGUUAACAGUAUAAAAGUCUUUUAAUAAACAAUUAAUUAUUCAAUUGCAGAUUAAAAAGCACUUUUUCGCUCUCUAAAGCAGGUGGCUAAGGGGUGCCUUGUACCACUAACUGAAGAAUAUUCUUGACAAAGUAUUUAUCGUAUAAUCUUGUUGAAAUGUAGUUGAAUUUCAAUUGUCUCAGACCUGCACGUAAUUUAGGAUCAGUCAUAAGUUAAGCCUAUAAUGACAAUUAUUAUUAUUGUAUUGAACUUUUCAACACAGAAGUUCCCAAGAGAACCAUGAAAUGGUCUGAACAAAGAGACGUUAAAUGGUGUAAUGAGGGGAAGAGGCAAUAUCAAACAUGGAAUUGUCGCUAUGAAAAUGUGCUUUUUAAAAAUAGGGUUUCAGAAGUCUUAUUUUGAAAUAUGACACUGAUUCUGUCUGUAUUGGCUUCAUUCCAAAUGCAUUGGGUACUGACUUAAAAAGUCUGUUAUUACUGCAUUUGUUAUGUAUGAGUAAUACGUCUACAACAGCAUAGCAUUUAUAGCUUAGUUAUAAAUAAAACACAAUGAAAUUAUUUGUUCAGAUAAAGCGCAGACGUUAACAGCCUUGUUAAAGAAUGUAUUCAGUAUUGUAUUCCAUUGGGAGUCCUUUGUUGUUUUGUUGGUACAACCACCAAAGAAUUGUGCCUCUUGUUAAGACAGUCCUGUAGAAUUUACAUAUUAUAUAUUUAUAAAUUAUGACCAAUGUAAACACAAUUUACAAGCAGUAUAUUGACUUUAGACCUUUAUUUUAUGAAUGUAUAUUAUUGAUAGCAGUGUUUUAUGCUGCAUAAUUUAAAAAAGAGUUAAAUGCCUUUUCUGAGAUUACUGAAUCUUUUAUGAGGUUCAGAAACAUAUCCUGUUUAGUUUUCUUAAUUUUUUUGUAAUUUUAAAUAAAGAUUUAUCAUAUUCUA